GCUGUCAAAGACGGCCGCCGCGCGACCGACGAGGAAUCCGCCUUUCUUUCACUGGAACGUAAAAAUUCGCCUUCAUUGAAUCAUCCUGGAAGCGCGGCAGGGAUUUUCAAGCAAAAUCCUGAAGUGCACCGCAAUUUAUUUUACGGUUGAAUAUACGAUUUUUGGAAUUCUGCACUGUACACUCGCGGUGUGAAUAUUUCGAUGUAGAAAAUAAUUGCAACGUUUAAGGGUGUUAAAAAUAAAUUGUUGUUCAUGGAAUUUUGUUUGGAAUAUCAGAAAUUGAAAGGACCUUUUCCCUGAGGAAACUGAGAUACAAUCGCGAAUGAACGUUCUAAUGGAUGAAAAUAUAGCGAUAAGCAAUAUCGUAUAACUUUUAAUUUUAGCAAAAUUUUAAGUAAUAUUUGGUGGUAAAAUCGAGGGAAGCAAUCAAAUGUAUUCUGCUGUCUAUCGAAUUUAUCUAUCCUGCAAAAUAUUCCCAGAUAACGAAGUCAAAAUUGGGACAUGAGACGUCUUAAAGACAAACUUUUGCAAAAGACGUUUUAUAUCUUGAUUUUAAACUUCAUGUUAUGACAAUUGUUCGAAAACCAAUUUCUUGUUUUUACGAGUCUUUAUUUGCUGGUAGUUUGUUUAUGUAUUCAUUUUGAUAUGUGGCUGUUAUUAUUAUCUGUUUUCCUCGUAACAGAUGAUAAGGUAUAUAUUUAUACUCUUAAAAAAGACUAAGACUUAUUGAGAAAAGAGAUAUUUUAAAAUACAAUUUUAUAUAUAAAGUGGACGAGUCACGAAUUACAAAAUAUAAAAUUUUGUUUGAAAUUGUCUGAGCAUAAAGAUAAUACUGUGUACAUAUGCAAAACAUUGAUGAUGUCAUGUGUAAUAAGUAUAUCUUGUAUAUGAUAACAAAAAGUCCCUGCACGGUCUGUAUAAAAUUACUCACUUUAUUUCACUUCAAUUUUUUCUCCAAAUUAAUCUGUUAUUUUUAAUAUGUAAUUUAAAGAGACCAAAAAAUUAUUAGUAAAGAUUUGCAAUAAAUGAGAGCAAUUUUUGGUAUUAUUUCAAUAAAUCAACUAAUUUUGUAAGUUUAAAAUUCCAUUAGUUAUUGCGUUUGCUUAUUGAUUAACAAGAAGAUAUACAGAGUUUUUAUAAAAAUUGUACAGUAAUUUAAUAAUUAUUUAUAAAAACUACUGAAAAAAAACAAUUUAAUUCAUACGUCGUUACUGCGACCUUCUCUACAGAAUUGUAAUAUAAACGUAGAAUUGUUUCAGUUACAGUAAUAGCAUUAUGAGACUAUACGACCCGAGGAAAUGAAAAGAAAAGAAAGAGAAUUAGGGGCUUGCCCCUAAAACCAACGUAUUCGCCGGUGAUCUGCAAAAGGAAAGCUAACGAGGAUGAGCCAUGUGAAGGUACAGGAAGACCGCUAUGGGCACAGUAAACUCCGUCGCAGGCAAUUAGAAAAGAGCAGCUCGCCGCCGAAUAAAAUGGUGGGAUUGGGCAGCGAUGAGCUAUUCAUUUCAAACAUCACCGAUGUCAACAAUAUGGAAUUGGAGAUCACCUCCGAGGACGACAGCGAUGAUAACGAGAGAGGCGAUAUACGACGGCUGAUACCGUCGCCGGUGGACAGCGAGAGCGUUGUAUUUAGCAGCGGAAAAAGGGACAAUCAAAGAAGCGAGACAGAAAAUGCGGACGAUGAAACCGUCUGGUCUAUAUCCAUCCAGAUGUUCAUACCCUUCCUACUCGCCGGCUUCGGCAUGGUCGCCGCUAGUUUGCUGUUAGACGUGGUGCAGCACUGGCCGGUGUAUCAAGUAGUAUCCGAGGUAUACAUACUAGUUCCUGCUCUGCUGGGUUUGAAGGGAAAUCUAGAGAUGACGUUGGCCUCCAGAUUGUCGACUCAUGCUAAUCUAGGUCAAAUGGACACGAAGAAGCAACAGUGGACCUUAAUUGUCGGAAAUUUAGCCUUAAUCCAAUGUCAAGCUAUGGUAGUGGGUUUGCUGGCGUCCCUGGCAGCCGUGAUCCUCGGCUGGAUCCCGGAGGCUCACUUCGACAUUCACCACGCGCUCCUGUUGUGCGCCAGUGCCUUGGUCACCGCUUCCGUAGCCAGUUUCCUGCUGGGCCUCGUGAUGGUCGCGGUCAUACUGCUGUCGCGACGAAUGAACAUCAACCCGGACAAUGUCGCCACCCCGAUCGCGGCCUCCUUAGGGGAUCUAACCACUUUGGCUCUUUUAUCCUGGAUCGCUUCUGUACUGUAUAAAGCAAUAGAUUACGCUCCGUGGGUAGCUCCAACGUUGAUAGUAUUUUGUGUAUUUGUAACUCCCGUGUGGGGUUACAUAGCAGCUAGAAAUCCAUUUACUAAAGAAGUAUUGGACUACGGCUGGACACCUGUGAUAUCCGCGAUGUUAAUUAGCAGUCUUGGUGGACUGAUUUUGGACUACACUAUAUCGAGCUACAAGGGCAUAGCGGUUUUUCAAUUAGUAAUUAACGGCGUUGGGGGAAACUUGGUCGCCGUUCAGGCCAGUAGAAUAUCGACGUCCCUACAUAAGGAUUAUCAUACGGGUGUUCAAGAGGCUCUCAACGUUUGCAUUAGUCCAUUCCACGCGUUCUUUGCUAAAGGGGGACACGCGAGGACAGCUAGAGUAUUGCUGAUGAUGGUGAUACCAGGGCACUUGAUAUUUAGUUAUACCAUUAGUUAUCUUCAGGCAGGUCACACCUCGUUCACGCCUAUAUUUAUCACGAUAUAUUUGAUCGCUGCAAUGUUGCAGGUAAUCCUAUUGUUAUACAUUGCGCAAUUAAUGGUCGUUUGGAUGUGGACGAGAGGUAUGGAUCCAGACAGUUCCGCAAUCCCAUACUUAACAGCAGCAGGCGAUCUUAUAGGAACUGCACUUCUUGGAAUAGCCUUCCAUAUCCUUUAUGCCAUAGGCGACGGCGACUCUGACGUCACAGAUUUCGGAACUGUCUUUCGAGAGAUCACGAUGAGAAAUCUGAUUUGAACUCACGAUGUGCGCGUGACGAUUGUGAUUCGAAGUUAUCAGUGAUUACUCCCUUUCGUUGCAGUGAGUUUUUCUUUCGAAACGAAGCUCCGUUCGACAUCUGCAUGAAAAGGGUAUGUUAAAAGUACAAAUUAAAUUAAGCAUAUAUCUGUUAGAGUAUGCUGGAU